AGAGACUGGAAGGGUAGACCCCAGAGGAAACACACGUCUACGAAGUCGUUUCUCUCUUUAAUUUUGGUCUUUUUGUUGAGUCGAUGACUUUUCUUCCUCAAUGACCCUGCCUUUAUAAUUGCUCCACCUCCUGGUUUUCGGGUUGACACAAAAUUCAUACUGAUGCUCGAACACUGAACCUUAAUGGCUCGAACUCAUGGUUCAAAGGCCUUGAAGCUCGUUUUUCGACUCUCUGCCCUUUUAUUUUUCCACUUCUGCUGGGUUGUCGUGGCCCAAAACCAAAACCCUGCGGAAAAUGAUGACGCAGGGACCAGUAUUGGCGUUAUCUUGGAUUUAGACUCAAGGGUUGGAAGGGAAAUGAAAAUUGCGAUGGAAAUCGCAAUUGAGGAUUUGCAAAGUUCAAAUCAUUCGUUACGCAGGCUGCAUCUACAAGUGAGAAACUCUCAAGGAGAUCCCCUUCAAGCAGCCUCUUCAGCUAUCGACCUCAUCAACAAGCAUGGCGUCAAGGCAAUUGUGGGCUUAAACUCAGUGCAGGAAACUACUUUUGUGGCCAGAGUUGCUAAAGUGGCACAAGUGCCCAUAAUUUCCUUCUCUUCGCCUCCACUUUGUCCUACAACAACUACCCUUGUCUCCUCAACUUUCCUGUGUAACGUAGCCAGUAACAAUUCAUUACAAAUGGAAGGUGUGGCUGCCAUAGUUGCUUCUUACCAAUGGAGUAGAGUUAAUCUUAUCCAUGAUGACGAUGAUUCCAGCUCCGGGGCUUUUCCUUUUUUGAUAAAGGCACUCUCAGCUGUCGGAUCAAAGAUUGAACAACGGUUGGUUUUCUCGGCAUGGACUUCUACGUAUGAUGUUGGCAGUGUUGUGAGGCAAAAGCUUCAAAGGUUGAAGGAGAACCAUUGCAAAGUUUUUGUGGUCCACAUUACUUCCAUGGCUCUUGGCAAUAUUAUGUUUGAAGAAGCAAAGAGAAUGGGGAUGAUGGAAAAUGAGUAUGUAUGGAUCAUCACUGACCCUCUAACCUCACUACUUGACUGCAUGAAUUCUUCUGCAUUUGCAUCUAUGAGAGGGGUUCUUGGAAUCAAAACUUCAUACAUUUCUAAAACCAUUGAGGUUAAAGAGUUCUCUUCAAGGUUUAGUCGACGAUUCGAAUUUGAAUACCCAAAUGGAGAAAGAGCAGAACCCAGCAUAUAUGGCCUUCGAGCAUAUGAUACGAUCAACCUUCUCAAUCAUUCAAUUGAAACCAUAAAAACUCAAAGAAGCAAAAAUUGCACCUUAUCUCGCAAUGAAACAAUUACUCCUUUUAAUCUCAGACCAUCUGUAGAGGGACUGCAGUUGCUAGAGGUGGUUUUGUCUAGUGAUUUAAUAGGGCUGAGCGGCAAGAUGAGGUUCCAAAAUCGAGAGCUUCCAGCCUCAGCUGUUCAGAUCAUUAAUGUGAUUGGAAAACACUAUAAAACAAUGGGGUUUUGGAGUCCUGAAGAUGCAUUUUGGAAAUAUAAAAUGGAUGAAGGGAUAACUAAGAACAUAUCAAUGGAUGUGCUAGGGCCGGUCAUCUUUCCUGGUGGCCCUAAUACAAUCAAUCCUAGGGGUUGGCAGUCUCCAAAAAAUAUGAGAAUUGGGGUGCCCUUAAGGAAGGGGUUUAAGCAGUUUGUGGAGUCGACGAGCAAUGGGACUCAUAAUGAGACACAGUUUAGGGGCUUCAUAAUUGAUGUUUUUGAAGCUGUUUUGAAACGUUUGCCCUAUGACCUGCCUUACAAAUUUUUUCCUUAUUAUGGAAAUUACAGUGAUCUUGUGGACCAAGUAUACCGCAAGGAGAUAGAUGCCAUAGUGGGAGAUAUAACAAUCCUAGCAAAUCGUUCUCGUUAUGUAGAUUUCACUCAUCCAGUCUUGGAGUCUGGUGUUCAACUAUUGGUGCCUGUCAAAAACGAGAUAUCGCAAAAGGCAUGGUUGUUUAUGAGGCCUUUUACAGAGGCCAUGUGGUUGGUUACCGGUGCCCUCUUCAUUUAUACUGGAGUAGUGGUCUGGGGUUUGGAACGCCAUAUCAAUCCGGAAUUUGGAGGCACGCUUUGGAAUCAAAUAGGAACAUUGCUCUGUUUCAUCUUCUCAACUCUCUUCUUUGCCCAUAGAGAAAGCUUGAGGAAUAAUUUUUCAAGAGCAGUCAUGACCAUUUGGUUGUUCGUGGUGUUAAUAUUGACUUCUAGCUAUACUGCUAGCCUAACAUCGAUGCUCACUGUUCAACGUCUAGAGCCGACUGUUACAAGCAUAAACAAUUUAUUAAGGAAUAAGGCAACUGUUGGCUGCAUUGAUGCUUCUUUUAUGUUCGAUUAUGUGAACCAAGUGCUAGGCUUCGAAAGAAGCAACAUCAAGAGAAUGAAAGGAGAGGAAGAUUUUGCACAAGCAUUGUCGAAUGGCACAAUCGCAGCUGCAAUCAUGGAAAUUCCAUUCAUUAAACUCUUUCUCUCACAGAAGAAAUGCAAAGGAAUCACUGUUGCAGGACCCACCUAUAGGUUGGGAGGCGAUGGUUUUGUGUUUCCUCUCGGAUCCCCUCUAACAUCCGAUUUUUCCAAAGCCAUCCUAGAGAUUAAGGAGUCUGGCAAUAUGGCAAUUUUGGAGGAGAGGUGGUUUUCAUCCAUCCAAUGUCCCACAAUCUCAUCUGAUGGCAACAAUGGUGAUAGCCUCAGCUUGGAUAGCUUCUGGGGACUCUUUCUCAUCACAGGGGGAACUUCCACCCUCGUUCUCAUCAUCUUCCUUUCUAUUAUUGUACAUAAUUAUCGGAAUCAUGUUAAUGAGGAAGAAAUUAUGGAGGAGACAAAGAGUUCGUGGAGAUACAUGGUUGCCUUUGCAAAGUAUUGGGAUGAAUUACAGAUUGAAAACAUGGGAACAUGAGGGAUAUAAAGAACUUAAGGGGGAGGCCUUCAAGCUAAAGAGAGUCAAGCUUUAGUACUGCCCAAUGUCUCACAAUCUCAUCAGAUGACAACAAUGGCAAUAGCCUCAACUUCGAUAGCUUCGGGGACUCUUUCUCAUCACAGGGGGAACUUCCACCCUCGUUCUCAUCAUCUUCCCUUUUAUUAUUGUACAUGGUUAUUGGAAUCAUGUCAAUGAGGAAGCUAUUAUGGAGAGGACAAAGAGUUCGUGGGGAUACAUGGUUGCCUUUGCAAAGUAUUGAGAUGAAUUACAGAUUGAAAACAUGGGAAAAUGAGGCAUAUGAAGAACUUAAGGGAGGGGCCUUCAAGCUAAAGAGAGUCUAGCUUCAGUACUGCCCAAUGUCCCACAAUCUCAUCAGAUGGCAACAACGGUGAUAGCCUCAACUUGGAUAGCUUUUGGGGACACUUUCUCAUCACAGGGGGAACUUCCACCCUCGUUCUCAUCAUCUUCCUUUUUAUUAUUGUACAUAGUUAUUGGAAUCAUGUCAAUGAGGAAGAUAUUAUAGAUAGAACAAAGAUUUCGUGGAGAUACAUGGUUACCUUUGCAAAGUAUUGAGAUGAACUACAAAUUGAAAACAAGGGAAAAUGAAGGAUAUGAAGAAGUUAAGGGAGGGGGCUUCAAGCUAAAGAGAGUCAAGCUUCAGUACUAACAACA